CCCCAGCCCCAGCUCCAGCAGCAGGCUGUGAUGAUCACGCCGACGUUCAGCUCUGCCCCCCAGACCAGGAUUAUCCAGCAGCCGGUCAUAUACCAGAACGCAGCUACGAGCUUUCAAGGUCUUCAGCCUCAAGUUCAGAGCCUGGUGACGUCUUCCCAGGUCCAGCCAGUUACCAUUCAGCAGCAAGUGCAGACUGUGCAGGCGCAGAGAGUGUUAACGCAGGCUGCCAAUGGCACCAUCCAAACGUUAGCACCAGCCACGGUUCAGACAGUAGCUGCGCCACAGGUCCAACAAGUUCCAGUUCUGGUCCAGCCUCAGAUCAUAAAAACAGACUCCCUUGUCUUGACAACUCUGAAGGCAGAUGGUAACCCUGUUAUGGCUGCUGUUCAGAAUCCAGCACUCACAGCACUCACUGCUCCAAUUCAGACCACAGCUCUUCAGGUACCGACCCUAGUUGGGAGCAACGGGACCAUUUUGACCACAAUGCCAGUGAUGAUGGGACAAGAAAAGGUACCUAUCAAGCAAGUUCCUGGUGGUGUUAAACAACCAGAGCCGCCUAAAGAAGGAGAGAGGAGAACAACGCACAACAUAAUUGAAAAGCGUUACCGGUCAUCUAUAAAUGACAAGAUCAUUGAGCUGAAGGACCUGGUCAUGGGGACAGAUGCCAAGAUGCACAAGUCUGGAGUCCUGAGAAAAGCCAUUGAUUACAUUAAAUACCUACAGCAGGCCAACCAUAAACUGAGGCAGGAGAACAUGGUUCUGAAGUUGGCUAACCAAAAAAACAAGCUGUUGAAGGGCAUUGACCUAAGCAGCCUGGUUGACAAUGAUGCAGACCUGAAGAUAGAUGACUUCAACCAGAACGUUCUACUGAUGUCUCCCCCAGCCUCUGACUCGGGAUCCCAGGCUGGCUUUUCUCCCUAUUCCAUUGAUUCAGAGCCAGGAAGUCCACUCCUUGAUGAUGCAAAGGUUAAAGAUGAACCUGACUCUCCUCCUGUGGCGCUUGGUAUGGUGGAUCGCUCCCGGAUACUUCUCUGCGCUCUCACAUUCCUUUGCCUCUCCUUCAAUCCUCUGACAUCCCUUCUGGACGCCCGAGGAACCUCAGAGUCCGACAGCCUCGUGCGCCACGGCUCUGGCAGGAAUGUGCUGACCAUCGAGUCAGAUGCAGGUGGCUGGUUUGGCUGGAUGAUGCCCACACUGAUUCUGUGGCUAGUGAAUGGAGUGAUUGUCCUGAGUGUGUUUAUAAAGCUCCUUGUGCACGGGGAGCCUGUGACUCGCUUGCACUCAAGGUCAUCAGUGACGUUCUGGAGGCAUCGCAAGCAAGCCGACCUGGAUUUGGCACGGGGGGAUUUUGCUGCAGCUGCAUCAAACCUGCAGACUUGCCUCUCGGUUCUAGGCCGAGCGCUGCCAGCUUCCCGCCUGGACUUGGCCUGCAGCCUGUCCUGGAACGUGAUCCGCUACAGCCUGCAGAAGCUGGCGCUGGUGCGCUGGCUGCUCAAGAGGACUUUCCAUCAGUGGCGGGCAAGGGAAGCUGCGGCAGGCUUUGAGGAUGAGGCCAAGACCAGCGCUCGGGAUGCAGCUCUGGCAUAUCACAAGCUCCAUCAGCUCCACAUAACGGGUAAACUUCCCUCCAGCUCCGCUUACUCAGGUUUGCAUAUGGCCCUGUGUGCUGUGAAUCUGGCUGAGUGUGCAGAAGAGAAGAUCCCACCCAGCACCAUGGCAGAAAUCCACCUGACAGCGGCGGUUGGCUUGAAAACCCGCUGUGGGGGCAAGCUCGGCUUCCUGGCGAGUUACUUUUUAAGCCAAGCUCAAAGCCUGUGCAGCUCAGAGCGGAGUGCCAUUCCUGACUCGUUGCGUUGGCUGUGUCACCCACUGGGACAGAAAUUUUUUGUGGAGCGGAGCUGGACAGUAAAAUCUGCUGCAAAGGAGAGUCUGUACUGCACCCAAAGGAAUCCUGCGGAUCCCAUUGCACAGGUUCAUCAAGCAUUUUGUGAGAACCUGCUAGAGCGAGCUGUGGAUUCGCUUGUGAAACCUCAGACUGGAAAAGAAGUAGUUGGACAAGAGGAGGAGGAACCAUGCGAAUUCUCUGGGGCGAUGGAAUAUCUGAAAUUGCUCAACUCUUUCUUGGACUCAAUGGGAAGUGGAGCCCCACCCUUUGCCAGCAAUUCUGUGCUCAAGUCAGCACUGGGCCCAGACGUGGUGUGCAGAUGGUGGUCAGCGGCAGUGGCUAUGGCAAUCGGUUGGCUCAGAGGGGACGAUGCGGCUGUGAGGUUGCAUUUCACAGAAGUGGAGCGCAUGCCGAAGGCCCUGGAGAUGUCAGAGAACGCCCUCGUGAGAGCCACCUUCCACGUGUGCAAAGCCAUGCAGGCCUCGCUGUCCGGCAAGGCAGACGGGCAGCAGAGCUCCCUGGGGCACUGCGAGAGGGCCAGCAGCCACCUGUGGAACAGCCUUAACAUGAGCAGCGGCGUCUCCAGUGCCAUCCUCAGCAGCAUGAUGCAGCUGCUGGCCUGUGACUUGCUGCUCUCUCUGCGCACCAGCCUGUGGCAGAAGCAGGCGAGCAGCAGCCAGGCCUUGGGGGAGACCUACCACGCAUCCGCCUCCGAGCUCACAGGCUUCCAGCGGGACCUGGGCAGCUUGCGCAAACUGGCCCAUGGCUUCAGGCCUGCUUACCGCAAGGUUUUCCUCCAUGAGGCCACCGUGCGCCUGAUGGCGGGUGCCAGCCCUACCCGCACGCACCAGCUGCUGGAGCACAGCUUGAGGCGACGCACGGCGCAGAGCAGCAAGCAAGGUGAGCUAGACACGCUGCCAGGCCAGAGGGAGCGAGCUACAGCUAUCCUGCUGGCCUGCCGCCACCUGCCCCUCUCCUUCCUCUCCUCUCCCGGGCAGCAAGCCGUGCUGCUGGCAGAGGCCGCGCGCACGCUCGAGAAGGUGGGAGACAAGCGCUCGUGCAACGACUGCCAGCAGAUGAUCGUCAAGCUGAGCGGGGGCACGGCCAUCGCUGCCUCCUAACGCCAGCGCGGGGCUGUGUCGCACAAAGGCAGCCUUUGGACCGUCAGCCUGGACUUCCCCUCUUGAGUUUAAAACAAAAGAAAAAA